AUGGAUGUGGGAAUCCACAGCACUGACUGCGCUCCUAAGGCUCAUGUGGACCGUACAGAUGAUGCUCCAUCGGUUACUCUGAUCCUGGCUUUGGGACUGCCAGAUAAAACUGGGAGAAACCCUACAUUUACUCUUACUGCGUCGGCGUCGCUCCCGCCCUGGAGCUCUAGGCCCGCGUUUCCCCGCGAGCCGUGGGUCAAGCGCCGGCCGCUAAGGGUGUGCGAGGAGCCUCCACCCGUUCUGCGCUGGACCUGGCGUCGGGGUCGUUGUGUCCUGAUAACCACUCCCGUACCCAUUUCCGAGGCAGCAGCGACCCGGAGCCAACAGCUGGAGCACCUGGCAGUGGCGCCCUCGACGGCCUCGCAACGGCCCGUCAAGGGGAUCCUGAAGGACAAGACCUCUACGACCCCCUCUGUGGUGGCGUCGGCCGAACCGCCCCGCGGGAGUGUCCACGAGGAGCUGAGCAAACAAUCCCAGAAGUGGGAUGACAUGAACAUCCUGGCGACAUAUUAUCCGGCAGACGAAGACGAUGGUUUAAUGAAAAUAGAUGAACCAAGCCCUCCUUACCACAGUAUAAUGGGUGAUGAUGAAGGUGCAUGUAGUGAUACAGAAACCACCGAAGCCAUGGCACCAGAUAUCUUGGCUAAGAAAUUGGCUGCUGCUGGAGACUUGGAGCCAAAGUAUCGGGUUCAGGAACAACAAAGCAGUGGAGAGGAGGAUAGUGACCUCUCAUCUGAAGAACGAGAAAAAAAGCGACAAUGAAUGAAAAGGAAGCGCCACUACAAUGAAGGACUCAAUAUCAAACUAGGGACAAUUUCAAAAGACCUACAUGAUGAUGACGGAGAUGAAGAAAUGUUAGAGCCUGCAGGUGGAGAAAGCAUGAAUAUGGAAGAAUCAAAUCAAGGAUCUACUGUAAGUGACCAACAGCAAAACAAAUCACGAAGUUCAUAGAAGAGAUUUGUUCAACACUGCAAUUGUUUGUUAGAUAUGAACCCAGUUGCUAUAAUACAUUGCUUCUUGUUCUCCACAAAUCAUGACUUAAGUACCAAAAUGCAUACCAGUUAUUAUAUAUUGCCAGUAAUUAAAUGAUAACCUUA